UGGCUUGCAGUACACCGCUUCGCCAUUUUCCUCUUGUUGUGGUUAGCUUGCUAGCUUAGCGGGCUGUAGUUUUCCCCAUUUUAACCCGUUUGCACCCAUAUUAAACACACCCAGGUGAUUUGUAGCAACAAACUCAACCCCUGCUUUCCUCGUCAUCAUGGACGAAGAGUAUUACAGCGGCGGAGGAGACUGGGAAGGAACGGAGGGAAGCACGGAGGAAGGUUAUGCUGAUGACGGAAAGGUCCAGGAAGACUGUCUGCAGAAAUUCUCCAGCAGGGACUACAUCAUGGAGCCGGCAAUCUUCAACACCCUCAAAACGUAUUUCCGAGCAGGUGGUUCUCCGGAACACGUCAUCCAACUUCUGUCUGAAAACUACUCUGCUGUAGCUCAGACUGUUAACCUGCUGGCAGAGUGGCUCAUCCAGAUGGGUGUAGAGCCUGCUCAGGUCCAAGAGCGGGUUGAAAAUCACCUCAAGAGUCUUCUGAUAAAGCACUUCGACCCCCAGAAAGCAGAUUCCAUUUUCACUGUUGAGGGAGAGACUCCUGCGUGGCUCGAGCAGAUGAUCGCACACACUACAUGGAGAGAUCUCUUCUAUAAGUUGGCAGAGGCUCACCCAGAUUGUCUCAUGCUCAACUUCACUGUAAAGCUCAUUUCAGAUGCCGGUUACCAGGGAGAGAUCACCAGCGUGUCCACUGCGUGUCAGCAGUUGGAGGUUUUCUCUCGAGUACUGAGGACGUCUUUGGCCACUCUGCUGGAUGGAGGAGAGGAGAACCUGGAGAAGAACUUGCCUGAGUUUGCUAAGAUGGUGUGUCAUGGCGAACACACCUACCUCUUUGCCCAGGCCAUGAUGUCGAUCCUGUCUCAGGAGGAACAGGGUGGUUCAGCUGUUCGCAGGAUCGGCCAAGAGGUGCAGAAGUCGGCACAUGAGAGAGGUCAUGAUGCCAGUCAGAUAACCCUGGCACUCGGCACAGCAGCGGCCUACCCUCGGGCGUGCCAAGCACUGGGUGCCAUGUUGUCUAAAGGAGCCCUGAAUCCUGCUGAUAUCACAGUCCUGUUCAAGAUGUUCAGUAGCAUGGACCCUCCUCCUGUGGAGCUGAUAAGAGUGCCUGCCUUCCUGGACCUGUUCAUGCAGUCACUAUUUAAACCAGGAUCAAAGAUCAACCAAGACCAUAAACACAAAUACAUCCAUAUCCUGGCGUACGCUGCCAGUGUGGUCGAGACGUGGAAAAAGAACAAGCGAGUUAACAUAAAUAAAGACGAGCACAAGUCGACUUCAAAGGCCAUAGAGACCGUGCACAACCUGUGCUGCAACGAGAACAAAGGAGCUACAGAGCUGGUGGCUGAACUCGGUACUUUGUACCAGUGCAUCCGGUUUCCAGUCGUUGCCAUGGGUGUUUUAAAGUGGGUGGACUGGACGGUUUCUGAGCCGCGUUACUUUCAGCUCCAGACUGACCACACUCCUGUACAUUUAGCUCUGCUGGAUGAGAUCUGCACGUGUCACCAGCUGCUGCACCCGCAGGUCCUCCAGCUGCUCAUCAAACUCUUUGAGACGGAGCACUCUCAGCUUGACGUCAUGGAGCAGCUGGAACUGAAGAAGACGCUGCUUGACCGAAUGGUUCAUCUGCUGAGUCGUGGCUACGUCCUGCCCGUAGUUGGUUACAUUCGAAAGUGUCUGGAGAAACUCAACACGGAUAUUUCCCUCAUUAGAUACUUUGUGACUGAGGUGCUGGAUGUGAUCGCACCUCCAUAUACAUCAGACUUUGUUCAGCUCUUCCUGCCCAUCCUGGAGAACGACAGCAUCGCAGGAACGAUACGCGCAGAGGGAGAACACGAUCCUGUCGCUGAGUUCAUCGCCCAUUGCAAGUCAAACUUCAUCAUGAUCAACUGAUGUGGACUCUGGAAAAAAAACAUUGUUGAUGGACAUUGUACAAAUACGACCAAACAAGGACAGAAGAUCUGUGAUCUCGACGUUAACAAGUGCUCUGCUUCAUUUCACUCGGAGACGAGACAGAACUUUUCAGUUUCAAGAGAACAAGGAUCAUACUCCCACAGAGUGGGAGUGAAGUAUCGUUUUUGGUGGCGCUGUGUGUACUUCCACACUGGCUUGCACUUGCCACUAUGACCAACAGAGGGCGCCAGACGCUUGUUGCGUGAACGUCAAGUCGUUUGUCACUGAGCGGGUGGAUUGAAGAAGUCUCAUGAUAUGACAGAAGAGGCUCUGAGAAGAUGCAGCAAUGUUUUUCUUUUUCACCUUUUGUAUUUUCUAUAUUAUGUUGGUUUGAGUUGUUUUAAAAUAAAAACCUGAUCAUGUA